UUUCUAAAAUCAAAAAUCAAAACCUAACAAAAUUAGGGUUCGUGUUGAAUUAAAUUGGGAACAAGGAUGUUCUUCGAGGGUGGAGACCAAGAAAUCACAAAUCGUUAUUAGAGAGAGUUUUUACGCAAUUAGAGCUUUCAUGUUUGGAAUCCACCAGUUUUCGAUUAGAAUCCACUAGCUUAGUUUAGGAUUGAUAGAGUUCGAGAUUAGAGUGGGUUUUAGCUAGGUUUUUUGUAUGAUGUUCUCGCAAAAUUAGGAUUCAACUACAGAUUUCGUGCAGAAAGUUUCGGUGUGGUUGUUUCAUUUCCAAAUUUGAAUUGUUACCAUCUCUCUCUGAUUCAAGAGUGAAGAAUGACCUGUUAUCAUCUCUCUCUGAUGACUUGAAGGCGUUCCGUUGGCUUUGUUUUUGAAGGGGUGGGUGCCUAAGAAGAAAAUCAUCACAUUGCGACCCCAAAAUGGAAGACAUCUGAAUUUCAAAAAUGGUUGGGAGGAGAAAAUGAAUCAGGUAGUAGGAAUGGUAGUUUCCAAUAAGAUGCAGAAAUCUGUUGUGGUGGCAGUGGAUAGACUAUUCUACCACAAGGUGUAUGACCGAUAUGUCAAGCGCACCUCCAAAUUCAUGGCUCGUGAUGAGAACAGCCUCUGUAACAUUGGUGACAAAGUUCGAACAAAUCCUUCUAGGCCAUUGAGCAAGCAUAAACAUUGGGUUGUUGCUGAAAUUCUUAAGAAGGCACGGAUAUACGUUCCACCCUCCACCCCAAUGUUUAAUAAUGUCAGCUCCAGCUUUUAAGCACCUGCUUCAUAAAUUGACUCAAGGUCUAAAUAUAUGAAUUUAAUUGAGCUUCUGAAUUCAGGAUUGUUUGCUGUUAAGUAUUUCUAUUGUUCCCCAUACUUUGGAAGGUUACACUGUUGUGGACAUGUUUUUGGCAUCACAUGUUUCUACAGGUUCCCUGUUUACUUUUUGUCCGUUUUGUACUAUUCUUACUUUAAUUAUUUCUAUAAACUAUUAUACCAAGCUUCUGAUUCUUGCCA